UCUCAUUCCAUAAAUUUCCGGCUCGCUUUUGCGUCCGCGUUUGCUUUCGUUCCUCCCGUAGAAGCAUCCAGGGGCUUCUCUCCGAUUCCCAUGGCCAAUCCCCUCUAUGGCGCCGGCCCCAAUCGAUCGAGAGAAGGCCUUAUUUCGAGGCCUGCGGCAUCCUCGGACGAGAUCCAGUUGCGUAUCGACCCGAUGCAUGCGGAUUUGGACGAGGAGAUCGAUGGGCUUCAUCGGAAGAUCCGGCAAUUGAAAGGCGUAGCUCAGGAGAUAGAGACAGAAGCAAAGUUUCAGAAUGACUUCAUAACCCAAUUGCAAAUGACCCUUAUUAAAGCACAGGCUGGGGUGAAGAACAAUAUGAGAAGGAUGAACAAGAGCAUCAUACAGAAGGGUUCGAACCAUCUUGUCCAUGUGAUACUGUUCACGCUUUUCUGUUUCUUUGUUGUAUAUUUCUGGUCUAAGAUCUCCAGAAGAUGAAGAAAGGGAUCACGGAAGAGUUUGCUUCUGGACUAAUCUGGUUUAUCUCUUCUUCAUCAUCAUCAAAACUGCUAUCCUGCUCGCUGACUUGGGUGCUGGAUUCCGUACUUCGAGCCUUAAGACAAUGUAAUAUUACUGUAAAGAGGAGGGCAGCUUAGUUCUCAAAUGACAUAUGUAGAACAUAUCUGAUUGUUUAUAAUAUAGAAUUAAUUGUGCUAAA